AUGGCUUCCCGCGCCAAUCUCCUGCCGCUCUUCCUCUUCCUCCUUGUGGUGCCUGCGCUCGCGACCUCCGGCACUAUCGUCUUCACCACGCUCGGCCGGAGCCGCUACGCCUUCGACAUCUUCGCGCUCCCGCUCGCCCCACUCUCCCCCUCCGCCGCGGCCGCGGAGAUCCGCCUCACGGACGGCGCCUCCGUCAACUACAACGGCAACUUCGCGCCCUCCUCCUCCUCGGAGUCGCCCUCCCUCCUGUUCGUCUCCGAGCGCAACGGCUCGCUCAACCUCUACCUCACCCCCGUCCCCUCCACCGCCGCCGCCGGCCGCCGCGAGGCGCUGGAGGAGGCGGACGACUCGCCGACGCUCACGCAGCUGCUCCCGUGGGACCCCAUCGCGCUCAAGGACCGGCCCUCGCUGACCCCCGACGGCGCCCACCUGGUGAUUGACGGGUCGUUCCCCUCGUUCUCGCACGAAGGCAAGAGGAUCGCCUUCGUCGGGCUGCCGGGGCUGUUCGUGGUCAACUCCGACGGCUCCGGCGGCCGCCGGCGGGUCUUCUCGGGCAACGCGUUCCCCACGACAUGGGACUGGAAGAGGAAAGGGGUCAUCUACACCAGCGUCGGGCCGGACUUCGCGAGCGAGAGCACCGAGGUGGACGUUGUCGCCGUGUCCCUUGGCGACGACGACGACCCCAAUGUCUCGAUCAAGAAGCUCACCGUGGGAGGCGAGAACAACGCGUUCCCGUCCCCCUCGCCGGAUGGCAAGUGGGUGGUGUUCCGGUCCGGGAGGUCCGGGCACAAGAACCUCUACAUCAUGGACGCGGAGGACGGCGAGGCCGGUGGCAUCCGGCGCCUCACCGAGGGGCCCUGGUCCGACACCAUGUGCAAUUGGUCCCCUGACGGCGAGUGGAUCGCGUUCGCCUCCGACCGGGACAACCCGGGCGGUGGCAGCUUCGCCAUCUACAUGGUGCACCCGAACGGCACCGGCCUGCGGAGGGUGGUGCACAGCGCCGACGGCGGCCGGACCAACCACCCCUGGUUCAGCCCGGACUCCAAGACGCUAGUGUUCACGUCGGACUACUCCGUUGUGUCCGCUGAGCCCAUCUCCAACCCGCACCACUACCAGCCCUACGGCGAGAUCUUCACCGUCAACAUCGACGGGUCGGGCAUCCGCCGGCUUACGCACAACUCCUUCGAGGACGGGACGCCGUCGUGGACGCGGUACUACCUGAAGCCGGAGGACGUCGGCGAGACGCUGCAGGCCUCCGGGACGUGCGCGUUUGAGGAUUGCCACUGGCUCAACAUCGAUGCCCAGCCAGAUAGCCUCAUGUGUGGCAAGCACGGCUAA